CAGCUUGUGAGGUUUUUUUUUCCUGGGUGUGUAGAAGAUCCGAGUGCUGAGCAGACAGCAGUGUCAGUGCAGGGGAGAAGAGAAAGAAAUAUUCCCAAAUCCAAAAUGGACGAACUCUUUGUGGAAGUAUGCGGCGAAAACGGAGCCAAUUAUAAGGGAGUAAUCACAGAUGUGUUCGAAGAUGGUGUCCUCGUUGCAUUUGAAAAUGACUGGCAGGAAGAAUCAAAGUUUUUGUUCAGUCAAGUUCGACUACCUCCGAUCGAUACCCCGACUAUUUUCUGCGAGCACAUGGAGGUCGAGGUGUACUCCCGGUCCAACGACAAUGAAGCCUGUGGCUGGUGGCGGGCGGUCAUCAAGAUGAUGAAGGGUGAAUUCUUCGUGGUGGAAUACCUCGGCUGGGACAACAGUUACACGGAGAUUGUGCCGGCUGACCGGCUGCGAGCGAAGAACACCAACCCGCCGAUCAACGAGAAAACCUUUUUCCGGUUCGAGAUCGAGGUACCAGAGGACAUCCGGGAGUAUGCUUUGCUGAGCAGUGCCAAAAUCGACGGCGUGCAUCGAGAGUUCCAGAAGGCGAUCGGUGCUGCCGAGUGUAGGUACCUCCCGGAGCGGGGCACACUGUUUGUGAUAUCGCGAAGCGAAGCAACCCAGCGGAGAGCAAACAUGAUCCAGGAGAUGUGUUUCCGAAAUUUGAGCCAGAAGGUUAUGUUACUGAAACGAACCGAAGAAGCUGCCAGACAACUAGAAUCGACGAAACUACAGAAUGCUGGAGGAAAUUUUACUAACAAUCAGAGAAUUUCCGCUUUUAUUGGACAAUCAAUGAACGAGAGAUUCACAGACGAGUUCAAGGUACGAGAGGAUCUGAUGGGGCUGGCUAUCGGUGCACAUGGUGCCAACAUCCAGACCGCUCGCAAACUGGACGGUGUGCUGAACAUCGAACUCGAGGAAAACACCUGCACGUUCAAAAUUUCUGGAGAGACUGACGAAGCGGUCAAGAAAGCCCGCGCCAUGCUCGAGUACAGCGAGGAAUCGCUGCAGGUUCCGCGGAAUCUCGUCGGCAAGGUGAUCGGCAAGAACGGACGCAUCAUCCAGGAAAUAGUGGACAAGAGCGGCGUCGUGCGCGUCAAGUCUGUCUCAUUGCAGAUCGAGGGGGACAACGAGCCGGAGCCGAGCAUCCCGAGGGAGGAAGGCCAGGUACCGUUCGUGUUUGUCGGUACGGUCGAGAGCAUCGCCAACGCCAAAGUGCUGCUCGAAUAUCAUUUAGUGCAUUUAAAGGAAGUAGAACAGCUAAGGCAGGAAAAACUGGAAAUCGAUCAACAGUUGCGAGCGAUUCAGGGUGCAACGAUGGGUUCGAUGCAAAACUUCUCCAUGAACCGACGAUCCGAUCGUGCGUACAGUAGUGACAUCGAUGGCGGAGGACGGUCCGGUCGAGGCGGCAUGCGUGGUCGAGGAGGCCGUGGCGGCCGGGGUAAUAAUCCUCGGUAUUCGGGCCGUCGGGACACCGGCGAUGAUGAGUACGCGCCGCGUGGUGGUGGAGGCGGCGGCGAUCGGGACCGCGAUCGUGACCGAGACCGAGACCGUGACCAGCGCAAUAACUACUCGGAAGGUGGCGGUGGUCGGGGCAACCGGAGGGGCUACAGUGAAAAACGAGGCACCAGUAGCAAACGGUCCGAUCGGAACAAAUCACAAGGUCAGCCCGGUGGUGGCGGUAGUCAACAGCAGCAAUCAACGCAACAGCAACCGCCGUCUUCGUCGUCCCAGCCGCAAUCGUUACAGGAGGACCAGUGGGCGGUUCAGGUUGAGAACAGUCAGCGGGAGAACAAUCGGGAGCUGAACAGUGUUGAUAGGGAUAGUCACUCAUCGAAUGAAGGAAUUCCGGCCCGAAGUCGCCGAAGAUCGAAGAAUCCGGGCCACUCGAACAAAUCAAACGGAAAUAUCCAUUCGAUGAACGUCAAGUCGUCCGGAAGCAUUGCAACCGCCAACAGCGCCACAACCAGUACGACAGACCAUCAUGACAACAACGGCAGCAGUGUACCGAACAGUAAACCGCAACAGAAUCACAUUUCCGCUGGAGUCAACAGCACCAGCAGCGUAGGCGUUGUGCCGAACAGUAACAGCAAUAGCCAGCAACAGCAUCAGGCACCGCCUCCAAAGGGUCAGCGGGAGAACAUUCGGAACCGGGGCGGCCGAGGCGGUGGAGCCGGUGGAGGAGGAGGUGGUAAGCAUAAGCAAAAUCAGCAGCAAAAUCAGAACCAGGCGGUAGCCGCUGGCGGCGCCACUGUUCUGAACAACACCGCUGAUAACCAUCUCCACCACGGUGGCAGUGUUGCCAGUGGCAAGGAAACGCUGGUCAAUGGCUCCUCUUAGAAGAAGCAGAAUGAAUUACAAUUGCAGCACCAGCAGCAGCCGCGUCAGCAACAACAGGUGGUCCGGGCUGCCUCAGAGGCUUUGUCGCACCUGUUAGUGGGAGUGUAAAACAUCUGGAGUAGAACACACUCAAAACCCACUACAAAACAUAACAUGAAAUCUAUUCAAAACUAUCAAGUUAAUUACCUAAAUAAUGAGAAAUGCAUAAAACAAUACACAAACAAAAAAAAAUCACACACAAACAAAAUUCGCAACUUACUACACCGCUCGAAGCCGGGUGGAUGUUUUCCCGCGGACUGAGUAAAGUACUAUCUCCAUUGCUACUACGAAUAUUUUUGCGUGUGUUCAAAAAUAUGAAAAUAAUUGCAACACACAAAACACAGUACGAAUUACAAUACUAAAUCAACAGGCAAACCAAGAACUAGGAAAAAACAAAGAAACAAUAGAAGAAAGAGAAGGGAGCAGAAAUGCGAAAUAUUUAGGCAACGCAAUUACUACACACGCGCAGUGUUGUACUGGUAGGAGGUGCCGCAGAAAGCAGCAGCAAACAGCAGACAUUAACUACUAUCGGAUCGGAGGUUUGCUCAUCAAACAAUAACCUCUUCUUCCUCCUACGCGCACAAACGCGGCAGGAACGAGAGCAUGGUAUCAUGGAACCGAGUGACGAUGAAUGCGAACACAAAUAACAAUCUGGAAUGAUACGAAAACGAGAGCACUGAGUAGGAAUAAUUUAUAACGAAUGGCGUUUGUUGAGCUACUACUACUACUACAUAUAUUAGAAGGCAGUAUUUUUUGUCGUUUCCCCCCCUAUGUUCCUUCAUUUCAUCUCGUUUGAAUAAACUUUGUAAAAAGCUUUACAUUUUUGUCGCCAGAUGUUUUGUUUUUUCCUGAGUAUUGAAUUGUUCUUAUUUUUCGAAAUACAUUUGGGAGUGGUAGGACUGGGAAAUUGAUCAUUCUUAAUCGUGCGGCGGACUCCGUUUCUUAGUUGGCUUUCAUGUUUCGUCGUAUUUCUUAAGUUAUUUUUCAAUAAAAAUAUGAUUGUGAAUUGAAACAAUAUGCUCACGUUUCAGGCAAUCACUAGUGGUUUGUGGCGAAAAGUUACGCCGCUAUCCUCGAUGUUGCAAAUGAUCGAGGGUAAAACUAAUUUGUAGAAGAAUAACCGUUAAAGAUGAUCAAAUCGAAAGAGCACGAAGUAUAAGAUUGAAGACGAAAACAGUGGAAAUUGCUGUUGAUGAUGCGAUAUUGUUGAUCUCAGAGCUUCUGCGGAAAAGGUGUCCAACAACCUUCCAUCUGAGGGGAGGGGAUUCCAGGUGGGUAUCGACCAGAUUGCAAUGCGAUCCAAAUGGAACCCGGAAAAAAUAAUCCGAUUGAAAUUCAUAUGGGGUCCAACGAGUGAUCCUAGAGCGGAUUCUCGAUCCAGAGAGGAUUUCGACUGUAAUCCAGAGGGAUUCCGUACGCAUUUCAAGAAGAAUCUAGAGGGGUUUCCGAAUCAUAAGAGGAUCAAUAUGGAUUUGGAUUUGAUUAGAAAAAUCAUCCAACAGGAUUCCAGAUGGAUUUUGACUAAACUUCCGGUGGAUUCCAACUCAAAUCCAUAGAAGAUUCCGACUGAAAUAAGGAGGAGAUUCUGAUUGGGAUUCCAUGGUUUUUCCUUUCGACUGGAAUCCAGAGACAAUUCUGCUUAGGCGCUUCGGUGAUUCGAAAGGGUUUUCAACUGAUAUUCAUAUCUGAAAACAAAAGCUGAUUUUCAAGAGAAUUCCAACUAGAAUCUAGUGAGGAGACUUUGACUUGACUCCCAAGGAGAUUCCGAUGAGAGCUCAGAUGGAUAUAAACUGGCCAUAAAAAAAAAUCCAAAAGAGAGAACUCCAGGAUAAACGGUGAUUUCGAUUUUACAGAAAGAUUACGGAAAGGAAUUUCCAACUGUCAUCCACAGGAGACUCAGAAAUGCAAUACAGAGGGGAUUUUGAGAUGACUCUAAGGUGAUUCCAAAUGGAUUUCAACUAAACUUCAAGGGUACUCCAGAAGGAUUUCGACUGGACUUCUAAGAAUUUCUGCUGGAAGUCAAUGAGGGUUUUUUUGUUGGACUUCCAACGAUUCUGAAUAGAAUACAAAGGGGAUUCUGGCUGGAACAUCCCCAAAUCUAUUGUCUGUAAGGAAAGACAAGAUUGAGCUCAUGAUCAACAUUAGUGAUCUACCAUAUCAAAUCGGCGGCAUUUACAAUAAAAGAUCUAGUUUUUGGUCAAACCAACAAAACAUAAUGAUCUGACCAGCGAACAGAAAUUCCGAGAACCUUAGCUCACAGGUUCAACAGUGUUGGGCGCCAAAUGUGACUGACACACUGAACUGAGUAUUUUUUUAUUCUUUUCUCGUGAUUUUCACAGCCGAUAAAAUUAGCCUUCAUGGGUAGCACCAUAACCAAACGUUAAUUUAUCCGAUUUUGGAACAUACAAAAACUUUAAUAAAAAUUCACGCAGUGAGGAUCGAUAAAUAGAUUUUAGUUUUUUGCUCGCAUCCUUUCUAUUUGUUUUUUUAAACCAAUUAACGUAUUGUAAUCUGGCGAUUAUUUUUUGUUAAAAUUCGUUCCCUCUCUUUUCUCAAAGCUCGACUUUCAAACGUCUAUCGUAAUUAGUACACUCACGGACACUUAUCAAACAACUUGUGUCGCCACACGCAACAAUGUGAAUCAACAGAAACUAUUGAAGCUUAAUGUGAGUCAUCAUCAUUUUGCAAUUGAAUAUAAAAAAAGAAGCAACAAACAAUAAAAAGAUACAAACUGUAUUCUAGAGCGCAGAAAUCCGUGUCGUCGUAAAUAUGCUGAAUUCAAGUUGUAGUUUUAGAACGUGCGUAAAAGUAGAAGUUGGAAAACACACAAGAAGUAGGAUAAACGAAUAAAACUAAAUGCAGAGAAAAGGGUUACUAAUCAAAGAGAUUGCUGUACGAACAGGUAUACUUUACUAGGACUGGAAUAUAAACAAAUUACACUCAAUGUAUAUUUUAUUUAGUCUGGUUUUCAAUUACGAAGCUCUUAUUUGUGUUUGAUCAAAACCAACCCGUGUAGCCCUUCAUUGUUAUGUUAAAAUUUUACUCGCAUCGUGUUGAAUUUCUACCGCUAAAAUCUUACAUCUAGAGCCCCUCUAAUCUAUUUUUCUUCCUGCACGUUAAAAGCAAAACAUAAAGAAACGAGAAAGCAAUCCAUUGAAUCGAUGGUGAAACAAUUACAAAUCAAAUCAAACGUUGUUGCCAGCGAAGUUGAGCAGACAUUACUGGAAUUAGCUGAAACAAACGUAAAUACGAUCAAAAUGAAUUCUACACAAUAACGGAAAACGGAGAUAACUGUUUUUCUUUUGUCAGUUUGAAACACCCCUUGAGUUAUUUCUGCCAAACAAUUAUCGUUUUUAGGCUUUUCACUGAUAUUUUUUAUUUAUUAUUAAUAUAGGUCAACCUAUUUCUGUGAGUAUAUUGUACUUUAGUUGAAAAAGCGUAA